AUGCCAAUAAUUUCAACGUAUAGUCGAAAGCAUGGCGUAUACGAGUGGAAUCAUUCGGAGUGGAGGGAAUUCUUCUUCGAUCAUGUCACCAUCGAGGAUCUUGACACAAAGAACAUUUCUAUCACGGCUUUUCAUCAUGGCGGAGCUAAACUCGGGAAAGAUCUGAUGAUCGGUGAAGCUACCGUACCGCUGAGGGAGAUUCGUGAAUUGAACACCAAAAAAGAGGUCAAAGUUAUCGAGGAGAUCAAGCAGGCAAUACCAAAGAAACUCGGUAAAUUGUACAUUUCGUCUUGUAUUGAAAAGGAUGCCCGACGACUAACAAUCAAUCUGAAAAAGGCCGACGAUUUGCCACGAUGGAGUUUUCUUGGUGCUCCAGAACAAUGUUUCGCCGGUUUUCAAUUUCCGGUCUUCGGCCGAAUGUCCGUUGGUGGCCUUGCCCACAUGUCAGUUUAG